AUAACAACACCUCGUACAAAUAGACGUCACAAACGAGUAAAAGCGAAUUCAAUUAAUUAGAAUUGUAUAAAUACAGCAGAGUUACAUAAUUAUUGUAAACUUACAAUUGGUGCUCAGGGAUGGAAAACCUAGACAGUAAUGCUUGGGUGUUUGAUUCCCUUGUAGGUUUUCUUCACGGCCCGGUAUGGAAUGUCCCACUGCAGACCUUUAUUGAGGAAAAGUCUCUGCCAUUUGAGCCAACGGAUGAUGGAGAGGUGCUCGAUCGACCGGAGUAUAAAAAGGUUCACGAUGAAUACCGUAACUUAGUAGACGUGAUGUUGGGAUCUUUCAUGGAUGAUAUUGGUAUAUCUGCUGAUCAGUUUGAAGCGGCUUGCAAAUUGUCUGCAAGGGACCUUGCCGGUCUCCCAGCUCACUUCCAUCGUCGCCUUUUUGAACAAAUAUGGGCUGCAAACGACUACGAAAUGUUCGUCAAAAUGAUGACGCACAAAAAUGUGGAACUGCAGUUACAGGCGCUAGAACUGAUUGAGAGGAGAUAUGGGACUAUGCCCAAUUUAUUUUCUACAGAACCUGAAGAGUUGGAUUCAUCCCGAAGUGAUGAAAGCGAGGAAUGGCCUGAUAAUGACGAUGUCAUGACGGAAAUAAAAAAAUUACAGCUGGAAGAUUAUGAAAGCAAGGAUGAAGUUGUUAACGUCCCACCCGAAGAGGUGGUGGCCGAAAAACAGACUUUGCUAUCAAAACUUCACAGCUUUGAAAAGAAAGAAGAGAAUAUAGAGAAGAAAGAUCAAGCAGUCGCCGAAGAAAAGAAGAUCAGAGUUAUUGAACCUCCGAAACCACCACCUAAGAAAGUAGAGGUAAGUGAGGAAGAGAUGCGUGCUCGUCAGGAGUAUUUGAAGCAGCAGCGAGACAAGUUACUCGCUCUGAAGAAGCAAGUUCGGGAGCGCAGACUUGGUGCGGCAGACGGAGCCGAAACUGGAGGUGGUGAAGGGUCCCAGGGUAGUGUAGCCAGGCCGCGGUCAGCUCGCGUUGCGCAGGCAGCACUGGCAGGCGUUGCACCGCCGCCUCCGCCGGACGCCAUGCAGCUGCGACGGGCACUCGCAUCCAAGCUCAAGACUGAAGUCGUCGACAUCACUAACUAAUGUGAAGUAUAACACAUUUAAGCAAUUGUAUCUUCUACUACUCAAAUAAAAUUAUUAAGACUCUAAAA